AUGGUGCUCUCCUUGUUAAUACUUCUGGCCAUGGUGGAGAUGUCCUCAUCGUCCUCAUUCCCAGAUCGAGAGAAGGACCCUCAGUACUGGAGAGACCAGGCCCAGCGGACCCUACAGCAGUCUUUAAAACUCCAAAAACUAAACACAAACACAGCAAAAAACCUGAUUAUAUUCCUCGGAGACGGAAUGGGGGUCUCCACUGUCACGGCGGCCCGAAUACUGAAGGGACAGCUGGCCGGAGAGAGCGGGGAAGAAACCCAGCUGGAAAUGGAAAAAUUCCCAUUCGUGGCCCUGUCCAAAACAUAUAACACGGACGCUCAGGUGCCAGACAGUGCCGGUACUGCCACCGCGUUCCUGUGUGGGGUAAAAACCAAUAAAGGAACCCUGGGGGUCAGCGCAGCCACGGAGCUCGGAAACUGCAGGUCGUCCAAAGGGAACGAGGUCCGAUCCAUCCUCAGAUGGGCAAAGGAUGCAGGGAAGUCGGUUGGGGUGGUGACCACAACACGCGUGACCCACGCCACUCCGGCUGCUGCCUACGCACACAGCGCAGACAGAGACUGGUACUCAGACAGCGACAUGCCACCGGAGGCCAUUGCUGAGGGCUGCAAGGACAUCGCCUGGCAACUGGUGGAAAAUGUACCCGACAUUGAGGUGAUCCUUGGAGGGGGGAGGAAAUACAUGUUCCCGUGGGGGACCCCGGAUGUAGAGUUUCCGGAUGAUCCCAGGUCCAACGGUACAAGGCUUGAUGGACAGAAUCUGGUCAAAGCGUGGGAAGAGAAAAAAGACCCAAACAAGGUGUCACGCUACGUCUGGACCCGCAGUCAACUGAUAAAUCUGGACCCCAACAAUGUGGAUUAUCUGCUGGGUCUCUUCGAACCCGGCGACCUGCGCUACGAGCUGGAGAGAAGGAACUCCACGGACCCCUCGCUGUCCGAGAUGGUGCAUCACGCCAUCCAGAUCCUGCAGCGGAACCCGCAGGGGUUUUUCCUUCUGGUGGAAGGGGGCAGGAUAGACCACGCCCACCAUGCGGGUAAGGCCAGCCUAUCACUGCACGAGGCUGUGGAGAUGGACAGGGCCAUCGAGGUGGCAGGAGAUCUGACCUCAGAGGAGGACACCCUGACCGUGGUGACCGCCGACCACUCCCAUGUCUUUACCCUUGGCGGAUACCCCCCUCGCGGGAACCCUGUAUUAGGUCUGGCUGCUGCAUUAAGUGACGUUGAUGGAAAACCGUACACCGCCAUCUUGUACGGAAACGGACCAGGGUUCAAACUGGCGGGAGGCUCACGGGAAAAUAUCUCAGGAGUGGAUACUACUGUUCCCGAUUAUCGUGCCCAGUCAGCAGUGCCACUGGAAUCAGAAACCCAUGGUGGCGAGGACGUGGCCAUCUUUGCCAAGGGCCCAAUGGCGCAUCUCUUUCACAGUGUACAUGAGCAAAAUUAUAUUCCGUUUGUAAUGGCGUACGCAGCUUGUAUUGAUGAGAACAAGGAGCACUGUGCGGAAAGUAACGUCACCGCUGACUCCGCCUCGGUCCUCGCGCAUUCCUUUACUUACCUCGUAGUACUCGUGAUGUUGCUCGUUCUCUGA